AUGAAGCAGUAUCUCCAGUAUCUCGCGGCGGCUCUGCCCCUGACGAGCCUCGUUGCGGCUCAGCAGGCGGGCAAGCAGCAGACUGAGACACACCCCAAGCUCACCUGGAAGCGCUGCUCGAGCGGUGGAUCCUGCACUGCGGUCAACGGUGAGGUGGUCAUCGACUCCAACUGGCGCUGGCUGCACGACUCGAGCGGCAAGAACUGCUAUGACGGCAACGCGUGGACCGACGCAUGCAGCUCGGCAACCGACUGCGCGUCCAAGUGCCAGCUCGAGGGCGCCAACUACCAGAGCACCUACGGCGCCUCGACCAGCGGCGACUCGCUGACGCUCAAGUUCGUCACCAAGCACGAGUACGGCACAAACAUUGGGUCGCGCUUCUACCUCAUGAACGGCGCCUCCAAGUACCAGAUGUUUACUUUGAUGAACAACGAGUUUGCCUUUGACGUUGACCUGUCGACGGUUGAGUGCGGCCUCAACAGCGCCCUGUACUUUGUCGCCAUGGAGGAGGACGGUGGCAUGGCCAGCUAUCCCAGCAACAAGGCCGGUGCCAAGUACGGUACAGGUUACUGCGAUGCCCAAUGCGCCCGUGAUCUCAAGUUCGUGGGUGGCAAGGCCAACAUCGAGGGCUGGAAGUCGUCGACCAACGACGCCAAUGCCGGUGUCGGUCCCUAUGGCGGCUGCUGCGCCGAAAUCGAUGUUUGGGAGUCGAACGCGUAUUCGUAUGCCUUCACCCCUCACCCGUGCGAGAACAACAAGUACCACGUCUGCGAGACGUCCAACUGCGGCGGUACCUACUCCGAGGACCGCUUCGCCGGCGGCUGCGACGCCAACGGCUGCGACUACAACCCCUACCGCAUGGGUGUGACCGACUUUUACGGCAAGGGCAAGACGGUCGACACCAGCAAGAAAUUCACUGUCGUCACCCGGUUCCAGCCGAACAAGCUCACGCAGUUCUUCAUCCAAAACGGCCAAAAGAUUGACACCCCCGCCCCGACCGCCUGGGAGGGCGCCCCCGCGACGGCCGACAUCACGCCCGAGCUGUGCUCGGCCGCCUUCACGGCCUUUGACGACCGCAACCGCUUCGAGGAGGUCGGCGGGUUCCCCCAGCUCAAUGCUGCUCUCCAGAUCCCCAUGGUCCUCGUCAUGUCCAUCUGGGACGACCACUACGCCAACAUGCUCUGGCUCGACUCCAUCUACCCGCCCGAGAAGGAAGGCCAGCCCGGCGCCGCUCGCGGCUCAUGCCCCCAGACCUCGGGUGUCCCCUCCGAGGUCGAGUCGCAGUACCCCAACGCCAAGGUCGUCUGGUCCAACAUCCGCUUCGGCCCCAUCGGCUCGACUCACCAGGUCUAA